AGAUCAACAGACGCCAGGGUUCCGAAUAUGAGCAUUAUGAGGGAGGUUUGCGGGGGCUCGCUGGUGUUGUCGUGUUUAUUGACUGCUAGCUCUUAGCGGAUAGCACACAGAUAAAGAUCACGGCUCUGUCCUAAAGCCUGCCGAGGCGCCUAUCUAGACAGCGUCUUUCGGGGAUAACUGCGCAUUUGAUUUAUUAAAUGCAGGUUCACGCGUUUAGGGUGCUGUAAAUGCUGCUGUCUGUGUAGGCGACGAGGAUUUGAGACACGGACAGACUGGCGAGCUGCUGUUUUGAGUCUCGUCAGCAUGUUUAACCCUCACCAGCAUCAGCAGCAGCAGCAGCAGUUUCAUCAGCAUCUGCGGCAGCUUCAGCAGCUGUUUCAGCAGCAGACGCCUCCUCCUCCUCCUCCUCCACCGCAGCCUCCGCCCGCCCGUCACAUCACACACACACGGCCCAUGGCUUCUGCUUCUGCUCGCAUGGUCAACCUGUGCUCAGCCACGCAGGCCAUCAUCGCUCCCAACCCCAUGCUGCAGGGGGCGCUGCUCAUGCAGCAGAUGCAGGGUAAACUCAUGCUUCCUAAUAUAGCACGCACUGUAUGUGACCAAAAGCAGUCUUAAGUCGCUGGGGUAUAUUUGUA